AGAGAGAGAGAGAGAGAGAGAGAGAACGAGGUGCACAGGGUGAAUUCGUCUCGGAAGAAAAGAGGAAGAAACACUGGGCCCUUUUCUCCCUAGAUUCACCUGUGGAAGGGAAUGAGCAAGCAGACGAAAAAGAAGAUAAGGAACAACCUUGUCAUUGAACGUGCCUUAAGUUCUGCCCUUAUUCUCCACCUCAAUCAGAAGCAGCUUUCUCUCUCUUUCUCUCUCUCUCUUGACUUUAAUCUCUGUUAAACACCAUUCUGACAAAACUUGUGGGAGUGCAGUCUGACUGGAGAGGAACGGGCGUAAGAAAUCAUCACAAGUAUCUGCUCUGCAGGAGGAAGACGUAUCUUUUAAAGCCCCCUCCACUUCUUCCUCUGCGGUCUCUUCAUUAUGACCUUGCUGGCGUCUGAGAGGUCACUGCUCAUCCGCAAUAAGUUCCGCUCAGUUCUGCAGUUGAGGAUCCAGAACCGAAGACAGCAGAAUGAACUUAAUGCAGAGGCUGGUACAAAGGCCUCAGUUCCUGAUAAAACUGGGGACAAAGAAGUCAGCAAUGGUUUGCAAGAUGGAUCCACUCAGAAGUCGCCCCCUAGUGGCCUGACUGCUCAAACUGCACCAGACAGGAGUUACAGUGGAGCUCACAGGCAGAAGAAGGCUCGUCUGGCUGAAGAUCUGACUGAGAAAAUCCAGAGUCGGCCUAGACCACUUGAACUCCUGCAGAGGCAUAUUCUGCCUCCAGAGAACACUGCUUUAUUGCCAUCAGAUGUCUUUGAAGAUGACAACUCCUCUUCUGCCUCUGCAUCUCCCGAGCAACUCGGGAUGCACCAAUCUCCCGGCUUCUCCUCAUCAUCACCUGGGCAAGGAGGUGACCAAUCACUGAGUGAUGUGUCACCUGUUGCUACGCCUAUCAGUCCAAACAAUGUACAGCAGUGUAGAUUGGCGUUGCUCCCGGCAACCGAGUGCAUCAGCCAACCAAUGACCAUGACAGUAACGGGGUCAAACUCCAUAACAACUGGGAGACCCAAAGGGAUGUACAUGCCCUCCCAGACACCACCACUGCUGCCAAAGACCGCACAGCCUCCAGCUCCACCUUCUCAUUCCAUUCUGGGUGGGUCCUUAAAUUCAUCCCGCCCUUCACGACCACGGAAACCUCGCGAUUCAAAGCCUAAAAUGAGGAAACUGAAAUACCAUCAGUACAUUCCUCCAGAUCAAAGGACUGGGACUGGAAGCGGAGCUGCAAAUGCUUCACAAAAAAAUAACAACAGUCAGGUUCCGGCCACUGAUUCCUCAUACUCGCACCUCUUGCAACAACAGCAGGUGUUCUUACAACUACAAAUUCUCAACCAGCAACAACAACUCCCUGUGACAAACAGUGAGAACAAUUUGAAGACUUCUGGAUCUACACCUCAGAGUUCUCCUCAGUCUGCAACACCAUCAACAAACCCUUCUACUCCUGAUACAAGUCCCAUCCACCAAGCAGAGUUACUGCCUUCAAACCUUGAUGACUUGACGGUGUCAGUUCUUCGUCAGCAGUUGCGUAAACGUGGACUCCCAGUUUCUGGCACCAAGCCGGCACUUUUGGAGAGACUCCGUCCCUUCCAAAUGCCUCGUCCCCCAUUAACCCCUGCUCCACUUUGCCAAUUAGGGUCCACACUAGAACCGUCCCACCCUGCCAGCCUAAACCUAAGCCCCACCAGCAUAGACACCUCCUCCAAUUCCACUUACACAGGUUUAGCCGAGCCAAGCUUAGCUAGUGAUGGUUUCCUAACUUCUCCCUCUUCUGCUGGCUCUAGCCCUACUUUGCAUACAUCGUCCCCUCAAAUGCCCUCUGGUGCAACAUGGAGACCAGGCCAGGCAGUAGAUGAACUCAGUGUUGAGCUGGAAAUGAGAGAGAGGAUUAGGAGCAGACCCAGAGAUGGAGCAAAGGACACUCAGCUGUGUGGAAGUUCCCUUCAUCCGUUCCUGCAACAGGAGCCAGGGUGUAACAGAGGGAAAGCAGAAACAGGUGGACAGGAACUGCUCUUUACAUACUGCAGUGGUGAUGGAAAAGUAAACUGCUGUCAGCUUUGUGAUGCAAUUGGGCAGGACUUUGAUUUGCCAAUGCAAAUCACUGCCAGUCCAGCACAAGCAUCACCCACUGUCCGCAGUUUGGAAGAGGAACUACAGGAGGCCAUUCAAAGAGUGCAGAUGGACCCUUCUCAAUCCAUAGAUGACAUUUUGGAUGUGAAUAUUGGUGGUUCAGAUAACUCUUCGCUCGUCACAGACAUCCAAUCAGCCGCUCUCGUCGUCUCAGGCUUCUCCUCUGCCCUACAGCCUGACCAAUCACAGUCCACCAAGCGGCAAAAAGAUGACAACUUCCUGUCGUCUCCUUUAUGCUCUUCGCUUCUUUUAGAGCUUCCUCCCUCACCUAACAACACUUCAGCCCUCUGUCCGACCCCAGCUCCGCUUCCCCCUCCCCCCAUCUGCACCACUCCACCAUCAACCUCCCUGUCCAGGAAAAGAAGGUCAGAGGUCCCCGCUUUUGACCCCGCUGAUUGGCUGGAGACCUUGACCUCUGGUCUGCAUCCACUAACGCCCCCUGCCGCCCCGUUUCUUGAGAGCGACUUUGGCCUCGACUCGGACCUAAACGUCAACAGGGUCCUGGAUCUGAUGGUGGAGCAAUGGUGAAGAAGGGGGCGUAGUGUGUCUGUAUGUGCUUGUGGCUAAUUGGAUGCAUGAUUGGAAAUGAAGCACCUUUCAAAUCCUGUACACCCCCCUCGUUCGUUCCUCCGGUUCUGCAUCCAUCUCUGUCAACUGAUGUGACCAAACAGAUCUGACUGGUGUAGCCUCUGCUCCACGCAAUGUCGAGAGUAGGAGGGAAGUGAAAAGAAGAGGUAUGCUUUGGUAAUUCGUUCAGAAAGAUCCACAAAGAGCAUGUGCACAUAAGUCACGCUUUCACAAUGACUUUUUAUAAAAGCUUAAAAAAUGAAAAAGAAUAUAUUAUACCAAAAAAAUGUCACGGGUUUCCCUAUUGAUUUGCCUCUUGCUUCAGUGCCAGACAAACUGUCGGCAUGUGGCAACUGCGCGGAGCGGCGGGAGCUUCAAACAAUCUGUGUGUGUGUAUUUGCAGGGAAGUGUAUGCGCUCCCUGUGUGUGUGAGCACGCUUCUCUUGGCUGCUUUAUCUGCGCGCGAGCGUGUGUGUUUGUGUUGGCACGCACACACUUGCCAGCAUGUUCUGUAUCUACAAUUUCAAUGCACCCUAAAUGAGGUGCCUAAAGCAUCCAAACGCACUUGUUUCUGUUUAUACUGGUGUACAUUUUUCCAUUUAGUAUCAAGUUAUGUUCUGCUUUGCCUGGAUUAGCGCAUUCUAGCCCAAACGCAGUGGCCUAACAACAGAUCCUCUGAAGAUUGUGCCAAUACAGUGCAAAAAUAUGCUGGUUUGAAGCCAGUGUGCACCUUCAGUUGGAUUAAAACGAAGAUGUGUCUUCAAAAAAAGCCCAAUGUAAUUAUGUUGGAUUAUCUAAAGGCUUUAGAGCAGAUUGAUGCAGUCUGCUACACACACACACACACACA